AUGGCUUCUACAAUUAAGACAGUUCCCAACGACAACGGUAUCAUGAUGCCCAUGAGAGAAGGACAAGUGUUCUCAUCAGCAAGUCUGUAUGUAGGAGAUCUACAGCCAGACGUGACUGAAGCAGUGUUGUACGAAGUGUUCAACACAAUAGGACCAGUGGCAUCGAUCAGAGUUUGCAGAGACUCAGUAACAAGAAAAUCGCUGGGAUACGCAUACGUUAACUACUACAGUACACAGGACGCAGAAGCAGCCCUGGAAAACCUCAACUACAUAGAAAUCAAAGGACACCCAACCAGGAUCAUGUGGAGUAACAGAGACCCGUCACUCAGAAAGUCCGGAGCAGGAAACAUAUUCGUUAAAAACCUGGACAAAAGCAUAGACACGAAGAGCCUGUACGAUACAUUCGCACAUUUUGGAACAAUACUGAGCUGUAAAGUGGCAGUAGACUCAACAGGAGCUUCGAGGCGCUACGGAUUCGUGCACUACGAAAGCGAAGAAAGCGCAAGAGAAGCAAUAGAAAAGGUUAACGGAAUGCUUAUAGGAGGAAAGAAGGUCGAGGUAGCGCCGUUCCUGCGUAAGCAGGACAGGGAGACGGAAGAAGUGUACACGAACCUGUACGUGCGCAACUUCCCCGCAGACUGGGACGAAGAGGCCCUGAGACAGUUUUUGGAAAAGUACGGAGAGAUCACAAGCAUGAUGCUGAAGGAGGACUCGAAGGGAAGAAGAUUCGCAUUCGUGAACUACAAGGAGGCCUCGGUGGCGAAGGAAGUGGUAACAACACUUAACGACCUGAAGCUGGAGGAGGCCUCAGACCCGCUGCUGGUGUGCCCACACCAGGACAAGGUGAAGAGACAAAACAUGCUUAAAGCACAGUUCAGCACAGUGAGUCCGGGCCAGGACGACAAGAGGCUGACGAGUAACCUCUACAUCAAGAACCUGGACGACACGUUCGACGAUGCGUCGCUGGGAGAGCUGUUUAAGCAGUUUGGAACGAUUACGAGCAGCAAGGUGAUGUUGGACGCAAACAAUAACUCGAGAGGAUUCGGGUUCGUCUGCUUCAGUAAUCCGCAGGAGGCGACGAAGGCAAUAGCAGCAAUGCACCUGAAGCUGGUGAAGGGAAAGCCGCUGUACGUUGGUCUGGCGGAAAAGAGAGACCAGAGACUGAUGAGGAUGCAGCAGAGAAGAGGAUUCGAGCCGCACGCAAGAGACCUGAUGUUCAGCGACCCGCAGUCUAUGUACUACCAGAGGCAGUUCCCAGGAGUGGUAGUGCCGAACAACGUGCCGCCCUCAAAGAAGUUCCCGCCCAACUUCACGACGACGAACCCGCAGCUCAACAAUUACCCACCGAACUAUAACGCGAACUUCCCACCAGUCAACUCGUACAAUAACUACCCGGUGAGAAACGUGGGCGCAAACGCAGCAGCAGCGAACGUGAGGAACAUGUCGCCAAUGAACAACACGGCGGUAGGAAGCAACAUCCCACACUACCCAGGAGUAGUGCCGCCAAACAUGGCGCACGUGGUGCCUGGGGCAAUGGGAGUGCCCGCAAACAUGGCGCACCACGUAGUACCGCCGAACAUGGCACACGUGGUACCAGGAACGAUGGGAGUGCCGCCGACCAUGGUGCCAGGAGCAGUGGGCAUGAGAAGGAACAACAAUAACGCAAAGUCACAAAUGCCACCAGUUAGCGCAUUCAAGUUCACGCCGCAGGCACGCAACAGAGACAUGCCAGUGCACCCGCAGUACGUCGUUAACGGAAACGUACAGGUAGACGACGUGGCGUUACAGAAGCAGAUGAUAGGAGAGAGGCUGUUCCCAAUAAUUGCAAGAGACAACCCAGAUCUCGCAGGCAAAAUAACAGGAAUGAUGCUAGAAAUUGAUAACCAGGAGCUGUUGCAGCUGCUGGACGACAAUGAUCAAUUGAAAGCCAAAAUCGAUGAAGCUAUUAGAGUACUUAAACAAGCGAGUUAA